UCUAGCCGUGGUGGGCAGCUCUUGGGGAAGCAGAAUUCGGCGUCACAAAAGAUACAACAUUUCACUUAUUUACUUUUAAUUCUGAAUUAUAAAUAAAUAGCUUGAGGAUACUAACCGAUAUUGUUCAGGUUCUGUAUGGUUUCAAGAAAGAAAAUUCACCCAUAAGAGUAAAAAAAAAAAAAAAAACGAUCACUCGAACAACGACCAGAAGUUCACCGAAGUUUCUCAGUAUUCAUCAUGGAGGAGAAGAAGGAGGAAAGCGAAGCAGAGAUCCACGAACACGGACCCGAACACUGGUUCUCAAAAUGGGAGCGCCAGUGCCUUGCAGAGGCCGAACGAGAAGAACCGAGCGAGGAGGAAGUGGACCAGAACCAGGAUAAACUCUGGCAUCUCUUCCAGAAUUCCGCUACAGCGGUGGCGCAACUUUAUAAAGAUCGAGUCUGCCAUCAGCAAGGACUUUCAGUGUGGUCUCCAUUUCAGAAUGCUGCAACAGCAGUGACUAAUCUUUACAAAGAGAGUGAUGAGGCACACAAGAGGAGCUAUGAAUUAGGAAUUCAGAUUGGUCAUCAGCGACGUAAUAGGGAUGUUUUGGCCUGGGUCAAAAAGCGAAGGAGAUCUAUACGAAGGGAAGAUUUGAUAAGUUUCUUAUGUGGUAAAGCGCCACCACCAAGGACUUUUAAAGCUGCCCCCAAACUGACUGUGAUGUCACCUAACCGAUCACCUUCAUCGGACACAGUGUUGUCAUCUGUAGAGUCUGAUUUACAGCCCUUCUGUGAGGCCAUAGCACUACAUGGUCUAAGUGGAGCGAUGGCAAGCAUCAGUGUCCGCUCUAGCACUCCUGGCUCACCUACUCCCAUGAGCGGCAGCUCAAAUGCAGGUCGCAGAAGGAACGGACUGCACGAUGUGGACUUGAACACUUUCAUAUCGGAGGAGAUGGCCCUCCACCUUGGUGGGGCAGGCACCAGGAAGCGGACCUCAGCCCAGUGCGCUGAUGUCAUCACAGACUCCCCAACCCAUAAACUCAACCGAAUGAUUUAAGCUCAGUUAUUGCUUUGUAUGCUCUGUGCUGCUUGAAAUAAAAGCCACUUAAUCCUCAACUCUUGCAUUCCCCUUAUAAGGAAACAAGGGCCAUUCAACACCUUUACACUUGUAUAUUCCACACAGUAUGCCAUAUGGUGGAAACUAGAUCAUAGCUCUCCAUGUCCAUUGACUGGUGUCUUUUACUUUCACCACAAAAUAUUUGGUGUGUUUAGGUGUGACAGCAUUAUUGUUUGAGUUGUACAAAGCCAUCAGUACCCAAUGUAUUGGAAACAAAUGAACGACUACAUUACAAUUUUUAGCUUGCAAUAUUUCCUAGUUGCGCUUCAGUAGUAUUGCCAAGCAAAUAACUGUGUGUUUGUUUUCAGAUAAUAGUGUCAGCAUCAGCUCCUUUUUUCAUCAGUGUAUUUUUGUUUAUCCUUUGCACUUAUUUAAUGGCAGUUUGGUUGUGCUCAUUUUAGAAAUGUGCAACGUGAAUAGUCUUACUUGAAACUGCUGCUGAUUUAAAUGUUUGUGUGAACUUUAGAUGGUUGCAAUAAUGAUUUUGCACUAAUGCAUUCAGUCAGAUCUAUUGUUUUCUUAUUAAUUGUAAGGACAUCAAACAAGAGGAAAAAGAACUGCGGAUGAGGCUUACGAUACAAUUGUGCAGUUGACAUUUUAAAUUGCAAGGCUGUUGUGACUUGGUUUAGGGGUUAGAUGAAUCUCUGUGCUGUAGGAAUGGCAUUCUGCAGAGCUGUCUCUCGGGACAGGUACUUAUGAGAAAACUGUGCCAUUUUGAAAUUGAAGUGUCCUUUAAAUGCUUUUAAAAUCCAGGCCAGUGGAUUUGGAGAGCAGCACAUUUAAGGUCCAGCUUUGUACUGAUGCAUAAAAGUCAAACUGGACCCUGACCACCUUAAACUGUGGAAACAUUUUUUAAUUCAAGCUCCUUGGGUAAUUUAAGUGUGUACUGUCUUGUGUUGGCAGGGUUGGAGCUGAUAACACUGAUUUAUAACACUUACAACUAAUAUAGAUUUUCUUUUAAUCCCUGUUAUUAUGUUUUGAUAUAAGAUUCUUUAUGUAGAAUGACCAAUUCGUUUUUAUGAUCCUCAUGGUAUAUACAUCUAGAAUAGUUUGGCUCUUCAGCUAAGAUGCAAUCUUAUUUUGGUGGUGGGGAAUCAUAUGAUGUGAUCUUGAAGUUAUCUCAAAGCUUUUUUGCCUCAAUCAAGCUGCUUUAUGCUGACAUAUACAGUUGGAAAUGUUUCAGAGCCAGUUUGAAUAUUUGACACUGCUUUUUGCAAAGUGAAGUUUGUAUAAAUAUAGGCUGUUUGGUUAUUCAUUUAAAGGGGUCAUGUCAUGGUUUUUUUUAUUGUAUUAUUAUGUUCCCUU